UACAUGAUACAUUGUUUGUGAGACAGGUACAGAGACUAGAGAGGGUGAAACCGACAAGCUGGUCCAGACUUUAGUGAACGCAGGUACUCCAAAGAGUUCCUGAGAGCUGGAAGAGGAGUGGGUCUCUACGCGACUUUCGAGCAGCGGCACCUGCCGUGAAACGACUCCGUGAGAAACCGGAUGGUGAACGCCGCUCAAGGGUCCGAGGGGACACACCGACUACCUUUGACCCACUGGACACCAACAAUAAGCGGCUAAGGAGCGGCUCCGCACACACGCAGAUCCCAGAGCCGGCGCAUCACGUGACGCCCGCGCUCCUCGCUCUGCGUUUCCGCGUUCACGGGGAUCCCGCAGAACCGCAUGACGUCCUGACCGCUCCGUUUCCGUUCCGUCGGACCGUGCCGCCGAGCUGGGGGGGAAUUCGGGCAAGGGGGCCCGCGCAGUGCAGCGCUCAGAUCCGCGCCGCGGCACCACCAGCAGCGGUAGCGGCAGCGGUAACAUGCUCACACGGGUGAAGUCGGCGGUGGCCAGCUUCGUUGGAGGCAUCAUGGCUGGCGGCUCGGACGGCGAUCAGCCCGGCGGCUCCGAGCUGCCGCUCAGAUUCCCCUACAUGAGGCCGGAGUUCCUGGGACUGUCGCAGGACGAGAUCGAGUGCUCGGCGGACCAUAUCUCCCGGCCGAUCCUCAUCGUGAAGGAGACCAAGAGGCUGCCGUGGGCCACGGGCUACGCGGAGGUUAUCAAUGCGGGGAAGAGCACGCUGAACGAGGACCAGGCCUCCUGUGAGGUGAUGGUGGUCAAGAGGAAGCCAGGAGUGUCUUCCACCCCCAGCAAAACUCCCACUGCCAAGAGGAGGUCCUCCCUGCCUAAUGGAGAGGGCUUGGGCCUGAAGGAGAACUCGGAUUCGGAAGGGUUGCAGUUCCACUACUGGGCCCUGUUUGAUGGGCACGCAGGUUCCGGUGCCGCUGUGGUGGCCUCCAAGCUUCUGCAGCAUCACAUCACGGAACAGCUGCAGGAAGUGGUUGAUGUGCUCCGCAACUCGGCCCUGCCACCGCCCACCUGUCUGGGCGAGGAGCCCAACGACAUGCCGGGCAGCCACCGCGCUCUCACCCGGGCUGCCUCGCUCCGGGGGGCUGCUGGUGCGCCAGGAUCACCCAGCGCCCCACCUACACGCUUCUUCACCGAGAAAAAGGUCCCCCACGAGAGCCUGGUGGUGGGUGCCAUUGAGAACGCUUUCAAGGACAUGGACACACAGAUUGAGAGGGAGAAGGCCGUGUACAAUAUCUCGGGAGGCUGUACUGCUCUGGUCGUCAUCUUCCUGCUGGGAAAGCUGUACGUGGGCAACGCUGGUGACAGCAGGGCCAUCAUUGUCCGUAAUGGCGAAAUCAUCCCCAUGUCCACAGAGUUCACCCCCGAGUCGGAGAGACAGAGGCUGCAGUUUCUGGCAUACAUGCAGCCCCACCUUCUGGGGAACGAGUUCACGCACCUGGAGUUCCCGAGGAGGGUGCAGAGGAAGGAGGUGGGCAAGAGGAUGUUAUACCGGGAUUACACCAUGAAUGGCUGGGCAUACAAAACCAUUGAAGAUGAUGAUCUCAAGUUUCCCUUAAUUUACGGGGAAGGCAAAAAGGCACGUGUAAUGGCUACCAUUGGUGUCACACGAGGCCUUGGAGACCACGAGCUCAAGGUGCACGACUCCAACAUCUACAUAAAGCCUUUCCUGUCUUGUUGCCCAGAGGUAAAAGUGUACCCAUUGACGCAGUACGAGCACGGAGCUGACGAUGUCCUGGUGCUGGGCACAGAUGGCUUGUGGGACGUGCUCUCCAAUGAGGAAGUGGCGGAGGCGGUCACCAGCUUCCUGGCCAACUGUGACCCAGACGACCAACACAGGUACACCAUGGCAGCCCAGGACCUGGUGAUGAGGGCCAGAGGGGUACUGAAGGAUAGGGGCUGGCGAAUCUCCAAUGAUAGACUGGGGUCCGGAGACGACAUAUCUGUCUACAUCAUCCCCCUCUUGUACGGGAAUCGGCAGCCUUAGGCAAGAGGGGAGAUGCAUCCACCGCCGUCCUACUGAAACUGACCUUCCCCUUUGUACACCUCAGUGCUGUACAGUAAGUGAUAAUCGUACUAAAUCAGAAAAACCAAACCCCACUGUUGUCCCUAGGGCGAAGACCCUCUUCUCAUUGUCAGAACUGCAUUAUGAUGCACUGCACUUGCUAAAGGAAGAUCUCAGGAGUUCCACGGUAUCCCCUCCAUGUGACUGUGGAGUGUGUAAAUAGUCCAGCAGCAGUCAGGGCUUUGACCUCCCACUACUGCUGCAGAGGGACCAUGGGUACUAAGGGUGGAGUCUUAGGAAGGCACUGCUUAUAAAUAAUAAGAUCUCAUUAUAAUUAGCUGUUCAUUCCACGGUUACUGGAGAAUACCUAAAGUUCAUUUUCAUUUUAAAAGUGGGAAUGUUCUUAAGGUGCUGUGUUUCAUUUUGUGUAUCAGGGUGAGGAAAAUUGUUGGGUUUGGCAAUCUGUCUUAAGGUGCAAUGGCUUAUUUUUUACUUUUAUGUUUUAUAAUUGCUGAUACAAUCAGUGUGUUAUUUAUUUUGUAAGAUGUAAAUGUGUUAUGCAAAAAUGCCACCAAGAAACACAAUUAGCUGUGAAUGCUUUAUCUGUCCUGGUUUGGCAAAAGAUUAUUUUCUGACAAUUGUCAUGACUAGACAAAUCAGAGGUAUACAUACCGUUUCUUUUCCGAUCAGCUGCGUUGUCAUGCUGUCUCUGGCAGCGACGAUCAAACGAAUAAAUGUUCCAGUCUGAAGCCUAAGUAACGCCAUCAGAUCUGUUCAACCACAGACUGUCAAGGGUCCCGGGGGUAAGCGUUUCAUACAGCGUGAGGGGAGAAGUUUGCACCGAAUAGCUGGAACGAGGUAACGAACAUUGCAGCACUACAGCUUUUUCUGUUUGCUCAUUACUUCACAUUUUCAGCUCAUUUUAGAACAAGUCAGAUCUCUAAAUGCAAUGUGCUGUUACCUUAUUCAGCUAGUCUUCCUUUUCUUCAAAUUAGUCUUCAGGAACAUUGCUAGCGGCGGUACUUUGUGGAACUGUGGCACACAUAGAAAAUAAAAAGUUGCCCCAAGUUUCUGUUGAGAGUCUGAGAUCAAACUCUUUAGCGCUUUAUUUUAAAAUCGGAACGGAUGGUAGCGAAACAGUUACAAUGUUUGCCACAGUUAAAUGUCACAUUGCUGAAUUCUCCAGCUCCCAUCUACCUCACAUAGUUUUUUUUAUUUUUUUAUUCCAGUCCAGAAUUAUACGGUGGCACUGUACACCCUGCUGGGAGCAAUGCUUACUACUGUAGAGGAGGAGUGGUCUUGCUUAAACUCGAAAGGCAGGAUUGUCUGCUGUUUCCCCAGCACUGUUCAGUGGGAUCCUGGUUGAAAAAUAAGCCUAUUUAAUUUAAAGAUCUAGAAACAUGGAAAAAUCGAAUCAGCAAGUUGUGAGCAAUUGAACCUGUACCCCCCCACUCCCCCCCGGCUAGUGGAAAUGCAUAAUUGUGUUGAACAAUCAUUCUUGUUUAUGUGCUACAACAGGUGUGUUGCAGUCAUCCAGUAUGCUGUUCUUUGCGAAUAUUGAAUCCCCAAGCAGUGCUUCUUAAGAGAUAAUUUAUCAUCUUAGUAUCAAUGGACCUGUGUGCAGCACUCUACUGAUUUAAGAGUAAAGAACAUCACUACAAACUGGCCUCACUGCAGUGUGCUUGUGGCCUGACCGAAAAGAUCUACAUGGUGUAUUCUACAAGCCUCAGACUGCCACUUUUAUUUUAAUUACCUUUUUAUACGCUGCAGCCUUGGGCACAAAAAUUCUAACCGAUUUGUUGCGCGGAUGUCCGCAAUUGCUCAAAAAUGAAAAUGCAUAACGAAACGAAUUUUGAACACUGGAAAAAAUGCACCUUUUUAAAGACACUGCACUAUAUUCGAACUUUAACCUUUUACAAGUUGAAUAAAUGAAGCCAUGGAGCCAAAUGUAGCAUCGUCAAGGGCGUAACGGUACGUCAGAUUUGCAAAUGAGCGACUGCACAAAGGUUAUAUGCUUCACUUCCCUUCAUUCAAGUUACAGUAGUGCUCCUGAUCUUUAAGUGUCAAUUGUCAAAACAACCUGACUAAAUAUCUGUUUUUGACACAAUUAACUGCUCCAUGAAGUCUCCCUGCUGGUCUAGCUGAAAACAUCUGGGCUUCCUUGUCUUUGAGAAAGACUCAGGGUGGUUACUUUUGUUGUAAUGAUAGCAUGUGGCGGUAGCGUAUGGAUAUCAUCUGUGGCUUUUGACACUUGCUUUGGCUCGUUGCCUCCAGAAGCCCCAGAGCUGAGGUGGUCCCUUUAAGUGCAGCAUUAAGUUUUUUGAGCGUACUAUGUCUGCUGCCUUGAUGGCUGAUUUGUAGCAUUUUCCUCUAAGAUGUGGAUCAUCUUUGUGCUCCAAGUGUGGGAGGCUGUAAACAGCAGGAGCACAGGAAGCAGGUGAUGAGCACAUCGCCAUCCCAGUGUCCUGGCCCCAUGUCAAGUUAACCUGUAAACCUCCCUUUCAAACCACCCCCAGUCUCACAUUUUCUUGAAGGACUCGUGAAAUGAGGCUUCCCCCUCAUCUUUUCAGUGUAUUAUAUGUAUUAAAUAAAGAAAUGUAAACAAAAAAAAAAUUGUAAAGAUGUUUGAAUACUGAAGAUGAUUUUUGGACAGAUGUUAAUGUCAGUUCUAUGUGAAUGUGAAAUGUAAAUUUUGUAACCAAAAGGAAACCUAUGAAGUCAAAUGGCAUUUUUAGUGUUUUGGAUAAUUUUAAGUGCAAUGAAAACUUGGAAGUGUGCACCUACAGUAUUUUUCUUUUUCCAAAAAUACAAACAUUCCUUCAAA